UGACUAGUGGAGGCUCGAGUGGCGGCGAGUGCGAAGAUGCCGCGGAAUGCCUUCCCCGGGCCGGGCUAACUCGACUUACCGCGGCUCGAGGUAGGCACGCGAAGCUCGAAGAGGUCUACUCUGUUCGCGCCGUUCCUCCUCGUGGUCAUUCCAACCGGGAAUUCUCGAAAGCCGGUUGUGCAGCAGGUAAACGCGCACGCGGCCCGCUGCGGCUCGCCGCUUUCAGCGUAACUCUCACAAUUAUACGAUCGCGAUGGACGUCGAAACCGGCGCCAUAUUGGCACUUCAGAUUUUAGCCCUUUGCUCUAUAGCUGCUGCGCUACUCGCUUAUCUGAUGCGACAAUCGAGAAAUGCUGGAGACGAAUACGAGUUGCGAAACAAACGUCACGUACUCGUAACCAACUGCGAUACGUGCGUGGGUCUACAGAUUGCCCUUGCACUCUCUGAAGCCGGUUACAAGGUAUUUGCGGGUCUACCAAAUCCAAUAGAAAAUUCACCAUCCAUGAAAAUUUUAAAGGCGGUAGAACAGGAACGUGAAAAAGAAAUGGACAAUAGCGAGAUUAGUAACGAUAAGAUUCAAAUUCAUAUUCGAGGACAAAUCGUGCCAUUGGAAUUGGAUCCAACCAGGGAAGACAGUCUACAUGCUUCUUUGGACGCAGUCAGAGCGAAAUUACCAGCUGGCGAAGAUGGUCUUUGGGCGGUGAUACACACAGGCGGUUUAGCGUUACCAGGUUCUAUAGAAAAGCAAACCAGUUCAGCGUGGGAAUCUAUGCUGCGACACAAUCUGGUGGCACCCCUUAGAACGGCCAGAGUGUUUAUCCCUCUUCUACGCGUUAAAAGAGGUCGCAUCGUUCUCCUGGGUGAUUCUGAGACGAGCUACGCUAGCAAAGCUGGAACAGGGCUGGUGGCAUUCACUGCUUCUCGUAAAGCCGUGGAAGGGGCUGCUACGGCAUUAAAGAGCGAAUUACAUUCUUCGGGUGUUGACGUCGUGCUUCUCAAACCACCACCCGUGAAUCCCCUCGUCCUUUAUGCAUCGCCUGUUCUCAAGACAGUCGACGUCGAAUCCGGUGUUACGUCCUCCGAGGGAACGUGGAUCGCACCUUUAUCAAAUUACUCGGUUCAAAACUCUCUAAUACCUGCCUUAACGACACCCUGUCCAUUAAGUUCGUACGAUAUGAGCUUGAAGACCAAAUUGUUCUGUCGAUAAAUAUUAAUUAUAAUAAGAAAGAAAAGUUUUUAUUUAUAUAAGAUCUAUCUAUCUUAUUUCUUUCUCUCAUAGAGAGGUGAAAGUGAUAGACUGUAAAUUUUGUAGUACUAACUAGUUAAAUAACGAUUUGUACAGUUUUGUAAACAAUUUAGAAUAAAAAUGUCUAGCAUAGAAAGUAGUUCCCCCCUCCCUCUCUCUCCCUCUCUCUCUCUCUCUUUCUUUCUUUCUCUCUGUUAUUUUUAUAACUUCUUUACUCUCCUGUCACGUUUCUACAAUUUUUCUUUACCACAUAUUCUUCACGCAGACGUUACUAUACGGUGAAAUCUACACUAGACACGUGUUUGCAAUAUUUAAAAGUAACACGCACACACACACACACACACACACGCGCGCGCGCGCGCCCGCACACAUAUACACAGAUAGUUUGUUAAAGUGUUCCUUUGUUUAUUUUACUCGUCUAUUUAUCGAAGUCUCAUGUCGUAAUUAUCGGGAAAUAGUUUUACGGACUGUCGAUGAUUAUAGAAAAAUAUAAGUAAAUACACUUGACAAAUAGUAAAAGGAAGUAAAAAAAAACAAAAGAGUUUCGUUUAAAACUUUCGCUAUCGUUGAAAUAAGAAAAUCUGGAUAAAAAUCGGACGAUAGUGCGCAACACGACAGGAUUAUGUCACUUUUAACGAAAUAAGAGUGACAAGAACGUUCAUAAUGCUCUCGUAACGUGAGAACUCUUGACUUUUGUUUUAUUUUAUUCUCUUUUCUGGUACAUGUAACAAUAAUAAAAAG